UUCUAGCUCCAAAAUUCUCAAAGUUGGUGUAUAUUAAAUCCUAAUAAUAUAGGUUAUGGAUUUAUGUGGUGAUUCAUGUUUCUUAACUGUGGUGUUGUUUCCACAAGGAGAAAGAUCCAUAGUGUGCAUAAUUGCAAAUAUUAGCCAUUGAUCAAACUAAGUUAUUAUACAUUUGUUCUUCUUGUUCUUCCAAUAACUUUGGUGCUAUCAUCAAUGGAGACCAACGCAUCUUCUGACAACAUCAGUUCAAACAAGUACAUGGUACCUGAAAAACAGCCUUACCGAACCUGGUACCACUUUCAACCCCCACAAAAUUGGAUGAAUGAUCCAAAUGGACCAAUGUACUACAAAGGGGUUUACCACUUUUUCUAUCAAUUCAACCCUUAUGCACCAACCUUUGGUAGUUAUAUGGUAUGGGGUCAUUCUGCAUCCUAUGAUCUCAUCAAUUGGAUUCAUCUAAAUCAUGCUCUUGAACCAAGUGAAUCCUAUGACAUCAAUGGCUGCUAUUCUGGCUCAAUCACAACCCUCCCUGGGGAAAAACCAAUCAUUAUGUAUACAGGGAGUGAUUCCAACAAACAUCAAGUUCAGAACUUGGCUGUGCCAAAGAAUCUAUCAGACCCCUUCUUAAGGGAAUGGGAGAAACACCCUCAAAACCCUAUCUUGAUUCCACCCAGUGGAGUUGAAGUGGAUGGUUUUAGAGACCCUACAACUGCAUGGAAAGGGAGUGAUGGCAAGUGGAGAGUGGUUAUUGGUGCCAAAAAUGGUGAUGAAGGGAAGGCUCUUCUCUACUACAGUGAGGAUUUUGUUGAUUGGAAACUGUUUCCUGAUCCUAUGUAUGCAUCAGAAAACACUGGCAUGUUUGAGUGUCCAGAUUUUUUUCCAGUGUACAUCAGUGGCACAAAGAAAGGGGUGGAUACAUCUGUCAACAACAGCAGUGUUAAGCAUGUCUUGAAAACCAGCUAUCAGAACAAACAGCUAGAAUACUAUUUUCUUGGUGACUAUUUCCUUGACCAGGAAAAGUUUGUUCCUGAUGCUGAUUUGGGAGGACCAAAUCUGAACUUAAUAUUAGACCAUGGAAUGUUUUAUGCUUCCAAGUCAUUUUUUGACUAUGCCAAAAACAGAAGGAUAUUGUGGGGAUGGUCAAAGGAGUGUGACACUACGCAAGAUGAUUAUGAGAAAGGAUGGGCUGGUUUACAGUGUAUUCCAAGGCAAGUUUGGCUUGAUGAAAGUGGGAAAUGGUUAAUGCAGUGGCCAAUUGAAGAGGUAGAAAAGCUACGUGACAAACAGAUUAGCAUAAAGGGAGAGAAACUUGCUGGUGGAUCAAUUGUUGAAGUCUCAGGUAUCACUGCAUCACAGGCUGAUGUAGAAGUGUUGUUUGAGGUUCCGGAAAUAGAGAAUGCAGAGUUUUUAGAUGAAAGUGAAGUUGAUCCUGAGUUACUGUGUAGUGAAGAAUAUGCAUCAAGAAGUGGCACAAUAGGGCCAUUUGGUUUGUUUGCUUUAGCAUCUGAGGAUCAAACAGAACACACUGCAAUCUUCUUCAGAAUAUACAAAACCUCCAAUAGAUAUGUAUGUUUGAUGUGCAGUGAUCAAAGCAGGUCUUCAUUGCGGGAAAACGUUGAUAAAUCCUCGUAUGGAACCAUCUUUGACAUAGAUCCUAAUCAAAAAACAAUUUCACUCAGAAUCUUGAUUGAUCGUUCCAUUAUUGAGAGUUUUGGGGAGAAAGGGAGAAUUUGUAUAACCAGUAGAGUUUAUCCCUCAUUGGCUAUAGACAAAGAUGCACAUCUUCAUGUAUUCAACAAUGGAACACAGAGUGUGGUGAUCUCAGAACUGAAUGCUUGGAGCAUGAAUAAAGCAGAAUUUGUACAAGAAGAGAGCAUAAAAUAGAAACAGUAGCUAACAAAGAUUUGAAUAAUCAUACAACAUUUUAUUUUAUCUGGUUGUUUCAUAUUGUAUGUUUUCCUAUUGAAACCACAAUCAAUUUUCUCAACAAAUUUUUAAUAUUAAAAAU